AUGAGUAUUGCUCCAGGCAGUCUCAGUGGAGCAGGAGGCACUGGGGGAGUUGCAGCGGCAGCGGCGGAAACGGCAGCGGCAGGAGCAACACCGACAGCAACACCUGCAGCAUCUACGCCUGCGGUCGGAGGCACUCCUGCCCCGUCUACUGCUGCUGGAUCGUCGUCAGCGUCUCGUCUUCAAGUGGACGAUAUGAUGACUGCUUUCCAGAAGCAGCUGGGACCCAACUGGGAACGGUACAGAGACGUGCUCACACAUUUCUUGGUGGGUAGAUUGAGUCGACACGAGUUGCAGGAGGCGCUGGAUGGCAUUUUGGACCGAUCGAUGGUCAAGAUGCACAACCAGUUUCUGCUGGCCAACCUGUGCAACUCGCUGCGAGCUGCUCCGGCAGACGGGGCCACUGGCCGAAUGACUAGUUGGAGUCGCAAGCGAGGCCGAGGAGGCGCAGGCGCGCAAAAGGUCAAGGGAGACACACAGAUGGCCCAGCUAAAAAAGGAGGUGCUUUCUCUGCCGCCGCGUGAACGAAAACGGAUCAAGGCCAUCACACGAGAGGCCGGCAAAAAGGGGUACAUCUCGUCGACGAUCAUCAACACACGACAAGCUAUGCUGCCCCGGAUUCCGUUUGUGCAGGAUAAGGAUCAGGUUGGAAAGCAGGGCAACACAGUCACGUGGACCCAGGACAUUAUCCACGCGUAUCAGACGCAGCUGGCUACAGAGUCGCGUGAGCUUCCCGAUGCGGACCACCUGCGGUCGCGCAUGAUUGGCAUUGCCCUUGAGCACGGUGUUCUUGGGGGGCUUGGCCAGAAUGUCGUUGAGCUGAUCCAGGUGGGACUCGAGUACUAUCUCAAGGGCAUCAUUCAGGAGACGAUUGAGAUGGUUAAGCUGCGCAAGAUAAAGGACAAGGAGGCGAUUGCUACGGCGGCUGACAUGGCUGUGGUUCUGGAGAGCACUCCCAACCUGACGGUUGAGACGUGUGCUCCUGUUUACCGACUCAACAAUGUCAUGUUGCAGAACGAUGAGGUGAUUGAGGAGAUGCAGCCCAAGGAGGAGCCUCUGGGUGACAAGAAGGAGUUGAAUCAUUUGCUGGAUGAUUUGCUCGCGGAGUUUUAG